CAGAAGUGAAAACGUCAGGAUGAAACUCGCAUGAAAGAACCACACGUGACAUCGUACGUCGAGAGAGAACACUGAAAAGGACAGGCUGUGCGUGACCAACUUUUAGACUUUGCCCAAUUUGAGUAGAGAGUCGAUGAUCGCGGCCUGACGGCGACGGCUGUUUCUACAUCGGCAUGGGAGGUAAAAGCGCGAAACCCACGAUUCCCUCCUAUGAGCCCUACCAGUGCUGUCCCGCCAAGGUCAAGGGCGGCACCAAGGUCGCCAAGGUCAGCCCCGUAAGCUCCAGGCCCAAGAUCAAGAUCGAGGCCACCCGCAAGCCCCGGCCCACCGAGCCGCCGCCCUUCAAGCCGAUUAACAAGCUCUCCCCGAAGGACAGCAAAAAGACCGCUACCGCACAACCCGUCGUCAAGGACGCUAAGACCGCCAAGGGAAAGCGGGGCUUUUUCGGAAGCGUUGUCGCAGGACUCCCCUACCUGAUCAGGGUCUAAGGGCGGAAUCCCAGGGCGUCACCUGCCUGAGUUCUGGAGCUAAUGCCAAUGCUGGGACUGAGACGAUACCGAGAUGCACAUACUUUGAGAGAGUGCGGCCUGAGAGAAUGGAGAGAGAGAGAGAGAGAAUGGAUGACUGAGAUGGUGUUCGAUGAUCCUCAAUUUCGACGGAUUUUUGGGGAGGCUCCAAGGCUGGCGAAAUCGUAUCCGAUUAAUUUGAUUAACAGUUUAAUUUAAUCGAGAUCCUUGGAGACCUCUUUGAACGAUGAGAAAGGAGCCGUGCCACUUGUCUACGACGAAUGAGACAUUAUUGAAAAAAAAAAUUGAUAUCUACUUGUCGCGCGUAUGUACUUUUUAGAUGAAUUAUUGGGAGUUAUUUUGGAACCGAGAUAAGAGUAAUUAAUAAUAACGAAGAACCUGAGAAUUGACUGCGAAUUUAAUUAGGAGGUCGUUUAUAGCCGGGUUAUCACCAACUGGACCGUUCAAAGUGUCCGAUAAUAUCGUUGUCGGAGAUUGGCCACUCCUUUGUCAUUAGCAAUCGUGAAAAAUCGAACCCAGAAUUCCGUCGAAUCGGGGAAACCUAGAAUGCGCAUUGAAUGAUGCAUAGAAAGCGCAUUGAAUAAUGCAAGUGCGAACGGAUGCAUGAGAGCGAAAGGCGAGAGAAUGCGAGAGUCUGGGACUGACAUCCAGGGGGGACGAGAGAAUGCGUGAGAGAAAAAGUGGCAGGAACCGCAAUAGCAAAGCCUAAGCAAAUUCUCCAAAGAACGCGGCAAUCUCGGCAGUCGAAAGCAGCAAAGUCGAGAAACGCGUAAAACACGCACAUCUCACCCCUUUCAUCAUCUACCGUUAUCUCCUUCAUUGUCAUCACCAUCGCUUUUGGCUUCGCACGUCUCGUCAUUGUCCACCCAGCCAGAGCUGAAGGGAUAACAAUUUCUGAAAGAAAGAGCGAGAGAGUGAGGCCUGAAAGGCCUGAUAGGAAACGGGAGAGAAAGAGAGG